AUGGCCUCAGCUCCCCAUCCUCAACAACCGUAUGGGGUCUCGCAGCAUGCAAUGAACUCGCAAAAUGGAAUGUCUAAUGGAAUGCACAACCCCGUCCCUGGCGCCUCUGUGGCGGGACACCCUAGUGCGAUGCCCGCCCAGAUGGCCGGUGGGAUGCCCGAGGGCCAACAAAUGCACAUUUCUCCUGCCCAGCAGGCGGCGAUGAUUCAACAAAUGCAUCAGCCGAUGAUGGUUCAAAUGCCCGCCGCUAUGAUUGGAGAGCAAAUGGGCUCUCAGGGCCCUUAUAUGAAGAACCCGAUGUACGUUAUCGAUCAGAACGUCUAUGCUCAGAUGAUGCCUCAGAUGCACCCCCAACAUGUUCAAAUGAUGCAGCAAGCUAGUCAACAGCGUGCUGCUGGUAUUCCAGGUCAUCAGCAAACUCCGCAGCCUUCUCCUAUGAUCGGUACUCCUGGCAUGGACCAGGGCCAAGUUGGCAUGCAGCAAGUUCCUCAACAGAUACCACAGCAAGUUCAGCAACAAAUGGGGCAUCAGAUGGCCCACCCCCAGUCGGCACAUCAAACUCCCAUGAUGCAGACCCCUGUUUUACAACACCAAAUACUAGAUCACCACCAGCAACAGCUUCAGGCUCAAGCUCAAGCCCACGCACAUGCACAAGCUCAGGCUCAAGCCCAAGCCCAAGCCCAAGCACAAGCCCAAGCACAAGCACAAGCCCAAGCACAAGCCCAGGCACAAGCCCAGGCACAAGCCCAAGCACAGGCCCAGGCCCAAGCACAAGCCCAAGCUGCCCAAGCACAAGCCCAGGCACAAGCCCAGGCCCAAGCACAAGCACAAGCACAAGCACAAGCACAAGCACAAGCCCAAGCUCAGGCCCAAGCACAAGCCCAAGCCCAAGCCCAAGCACAAGCUCAGGCCCAGGCCCAAGCCCAGGCUCAGGCCCAAGCUCAAGCUGCACAAGCUCAAGCGGCUCAGGCUCAAGCUUUACAACACCACCAACAGCAGCAACAACAACAACAGCAGCAGCAGCAACAGCAACAGCAGCGACAGCAACAACAGCAACAGCAGCAACAGCAACCGCAGCAGCAAGCUCUGCCUUCUCAAGUUCACCAGAUUAAACCUCAGGUUCACCCCCCUCGAAGUCAACAACACUCCCCUGCGCAGAAGCCCCGUCAGGUAGCUGAAGUGCGACGUCAGUCACAGCAGUAUUCCACUCCAAACAGACCAUCGUCUACUAAUCAGGUCGAGUCGUCGGCGCAGGCGUCGGGUACUCGUAGGUCCUCUGAGGUCGAAGGGGUUUCGAAACAAGUCGAGAAAAUGACAGCAGAAACUUGGGAGGCUCUUGGCCACCUUGCUGAAAAUGUCGGUGAGUAUGAAAAGGCAAUCGAAUGCUACGAAAUGUCCCUCAAAUAUCAGCCAGUCACUCCAGAACUCUUAAACGCUCUGGGCGGCUGUUACCGUCAAUGUGAACUCUAUCCGAAAGCCAUUGAAUGCUUUCAGUCACUUCUCCAACUGAAAGGCAACUCUGGUGAAGUUUGGGCUGCUUUAGGACACUGCUAUCUUAUGGCCGACGAGCUCGGCAAAAGCUUUAGUGCCUAUCAACAGGCACUGUACAAUCGCGAUAUCAAAGACCCAAAGCUUUGGUAUGGAAUUGGAAUUUUAUAUGACAGGUAUGGCUCGUUGGAGUACGCCGAAGAAGCGUUUGCUCAGGUGUUUGAGAUUGAUCCAAAUUUUGAAAAGGCCCAUGAAGUCUAUUUCAGAUUGGGUAUUAUAUACAAACAACAGAGCCGUUAUGAGCAAGCACUUCAGUGCUUCCGUUAUAUCCUCAACACUCCGCCUGCUCCUCUGACUACCCCGGAUUUGUGGUUCCAAAUUGGACAUGUUUACGAACAGCAGGGAAGUAUCGACAAGGCGUUUGAAGCAUACGAACGUGUUCUCGCCGAAUCGCCAAACCAUGCCAGCGUGCUUCAACAGCUUGGUUGGCUGGCUCAUAAGAACAAAGAUUAUGACGCUGCUAUCAGCUAUUUGACUAGAAGCCUGGAAUCAAGCCCAUCCGCUCAGAGUUGGUAUUUGCUCGGCCGUUGUUACAUGAGCCAGCAGUCUUUCUCCAAGGCUUAUGAAGCUUACCAACAAGCUGUCUAUCGUGAUGAUCGCAAUCCCACUUUCUGGUGCUCUAUUGGUGUUUUGUAUUAUCAGAUCAACCAGUACCGUGACGCUUUAGAUGCAUAUUCUAGAGCUCUUGGCUUAAAUCCCUAUAUCAGUGAGGCGUGGUAUGAUUUGGGAACCCUUUAUGAGAGUUGCAACGGCCAGCUAUCAGACGCGUUAUAUGCAUACCAAAGAGCCUCCUGGCUUGAUCCUUCCAACUGUCAAAUUCAAAGUCGUUUGGAACAUUUGCAGGCUCAAAUGGGUGGUGCAGAGGUUCCAUCUGGUCCACUUCCUGCUCCCCUGGGCCCUCAAGGUAUCUAUGCGGCCACAUUUGCCGAUCAGACCAUGCCAGUAGGUUCAAAUCUUCCUCCUCCACUUUCAGGACAGGUUUCAGGCACUCAAAAUUCUGGCCAAGCGCAAACUGCUUUACCUCAGCCUCCUCAGCUUCAGGCACAGGCUGCUAUUCAGGCUCAGGCUCAGGCGCAGGCUCAAGUUCUAGCCCAGGCACAGGCUCAGCCGCCAUCUCAGGCACAAGCUCAAGUUCAUCCACAGCAAGCUCAGGGGCAGCAGGCUCAGUCACAGCAGGCUCAGGAUGCUCAGGCUCAGGAUGCUCAGGCACAGCAGGCUCAGGCCCAGCAGGCUCAGGCCCAGCAGGCUCAGGUCCAGCAGGCUCAGGCCCAGCAGGCUCAGGCCCAGCAGGCUCAGGUCCAGCAGGCUCAGGUCCAGCAGGCUCAGGCUCAGCAGGCUCAGGCUCAGCAGGCGCAGGCGCAACAGGCUCAGGCGCAACAGGCUCAGGCGCAACAGGCUCAGGCGCAACAGGCUCAGAUGCAACAGGCUCAGAUGCAACAGGCUCAGAUGCAACAGGCUCAGAUGCAACAGGCUCAGGUGCAACAGGCUCAGGUACAGCAGACCCAGGCACAACAAGCCCAGGCCCAGCAGGCCCAGGAGGCCCACGAUCAAUAUCAUGCACCUGUCCAAGCACCUGUCCAAGUUCAACCUCCACAACCCAUAGAGAACAAGGGGGCUCAAACAUCAGCUGCUAAAGUCACUCAACAACCUAUCACGCCCAAGAUUGAGGAUUCAGCAGCCGAGUCCAGCUCUUCGGCGAACCCUGAGGUUAAAGAACCGAAAGCAUUACAUGCUGAGAAUCAUCCGGGGCUCGCACAGCACGCGAUCGUUUCAUCGGAAAGCCCAUCUUCAGAAACAGCACCUGACGCAAAACCGAGCCAGCAGGCUGUUGCAUCUUCUGUGGAACAGAGCCCAGCGAUUGCCGCCAAGACUGGGUUGGAGGGGUCGAAAUCACCGGUGCCGGCGCCAGUGAGCAAGCCUACUCCUCAACCAGAGACCAGUGGCUCUAGUAGCAGUAACUCUGGCGGUGUACCGCAAUCGGCCAGCGAGGCGAGCCCUGCUGUAGGGCCCGAAGAGUCUGUCAAAGAAGAGGUUGUCUCUGAAAGUUCCGGGAAACGACAUAGUGAAUUCGAUGAGCCCGAGCCCAAAAGGGUAUUUGUCGAGCCCAAUUCAAAUGGAACGCCUUUGAAUAGCGGAACUCCAGUUGAGCCAGAGGUUCGUCCCGUGCAGGAAGACACAGACUAUGACUGA